CCGUAGCACUGUCGCCCGAAGGGGAUCGCUCGUAGGAUGCCAUAUAGGAUGGAUCCGAGAUCUGCACGUGCGUACAUCUGGGGUAAUCUGCUGGCAUUGCAGAUAUCAUGUGGUCGAAUGUGGCACAACCACGCAAGAAGAAUGUCAGGAGACCUUCAAAGCUCGCACAUUCGCUGACGCGAGGCUAGUAGAGGGAUUUCGGUGGAUCAACGGUGGAUAGGGUCUUAAAGCCAUAAGGAACGUUAUUCAGCAUAUAAAAAAAAGGUGUAUUCCUACUACUAACCCUUCAGAAUUAUUUGAUCCCAUAUCACAUCCUCAUACACAAUGCGUUUCACCUUUGCAAUUAUCCUCGCCGUCGCUGCUGCUUCGGCAUCAUCAAUCUUUGCUACGCCCAUUAUUGGCACUAGCACCGAUAAAUGCUCCACUUGGUGUUGGGACAACGGAGCAUGCCGGGGCUGCAUAGCAGAACUUUCCUUUCUGCAAAGUGAGGUUUCGAGUAUUGCUUCGAGAAUCAAACCAAAUUUUACAACAAACCCUAGGUACCGACUCCUCAGGCCUAAGGCCUGAGUCCCAGUGAAAAUCGACAAGAAAGAGGUAGAUAUAUGCGGGAGGGGUUUGCCGAACUAUAUCUGCGCGCCCUCCGACGUUCCCGACGUUCCCGACGUUGCGGACAGUGCCGGCGCUGACAAGAUCGUUAUCAGCGCUGAUUAGAGUAAUCUAUAUCUACGUUUAUCUUACAGUGUCCGUAAUCUAAGAUAGACCUCGUUCAUACACCAGUUCAUCACGUGAUUUGAGGAUAGAAUACAUGAUUUUGGCUCGUAACUCUUUUUAAACUUAGAAUUAGCUAAAUCUGUUCCAAGAUCUUGUGGGGAUGUACUACAAUAUAAAAAUGGUCUACUCAGAAUCCUUAUUUUCGGCGAAUUGAAGGAGGAGUAGGCAUUUUUGUAGCAGAUUCACCAUUGUGACCCAUUUGUGACUGAUGUGACCGUAUCAGUGACUCGGACUUAGACGCGAGGGAGAUAAACAAUUGAAGCGGCCGUUUGAUUUCAACGAUUU